CCCAUAAUUCCACUGAUAUCGAGGGAAAACAAAUCCGAUUGAAACCUUAUCGGCUCGACAAACACAUUAACCGGUCAAUCUUAUCGGGUGAUGCCACCCAAACAACCCACAAAGGUGACUCAGUAGUGAAAAGUAAUUGGAGCAAUGAGGGCCUUGUUUCUACUCCCGGUGUUCAUGCUUUUGGGCAGGUUUUGCUCCCUGGAGGCGGCAAAUAUCCUGUGCUUGGUGAGCACGGCCAAGCACAACAAUCCCGGCUGGUCGAAGCCCCUUUUCGACGCCCUCUUGGCCAAUGGUCAUAGCCUACUGGUCAUCAGUACAGCCCCCAAUCCGGAGCCAAAGAAGCAAGUGGACGGUCUAGUGUACUUCCAUUUUCCCAACGAAUACGAUGUGAUGAAGAGGCACUUCCUCCUUGAGGAACCGCGCGAGUACAUGAAUAUGGUGACCCUCAAUCAGCUGCUGGUGUGGUACGAGGUCCUCUUGGGCAGCUGCCGUGCUCUCCUCAACUCGGAUACCAUGAGCAGCAAGAUGCCGGAGCUGCGCGCCCAACUGUGCAUGGAAUAUGAUCUGAUCAUUACGGAUGUCACCCAAGGCAUUGAGUGCUUCAUGGAUUUGGUGUCCGGCUGGCGUUCUAAGCCAGUUCUUGGCUUGAGUGCUGGUAAGCUCACGCCGGACCUUAUGUCCCUACUCCGAGCGGAAAACACCAUAAAUGCGGCCCGGAUUCCACACUAUAUUAGCCCAGUUCCCAAGAAUAUGGGCUUCUUGAACAGACUUCACAACCAUAUCAUGUACUAUGCAGAGCCACUGAUUCACUUAGUGGUCACUCGUCCUGUUCUUAGUCAACUAAUGAAGGCGGAAAAUGGUUUCCCCUAUCUACAAUUAGUGCUCCUAAAUACCCAUCCAACCUUGGAUUAUGUUCAGAACCUUCCGCCCGGAGUCAUUGAAGUGGGUGGUCUCCACAUCAAGAAGCAGAACAGUCCUCUGCCCGGGUAUAUACAAGAAUUCACGGAGAAGUUCAUCGACGGCAUCGUGUACAUCAAUAUGCCCUAUAUUGAGUAUAUGAAUGGCCAGGGAUUGAAGGCUAUGUAUACGAUGAUUCAUGACAAUCCCAGUGUUGCCUUUAUAUGGAAUGUGGAGCAACUAGAGCAGUUGCCCGCCAAGAAACCAAAUCUGUUGACGCUCCAUGUGAAUCAAUCAUUACAGCAAGACAUCCUGGCUAUGCGGUACGUCAAGGGAUUCCUGAAUCAUGGAGAUAGCUUCAGUCUUCAGGAGGCGAUUCACUAUGGAGUGCCCGUCGUCGUGCUUCCCCUUAAACUAGAGGAAUUUAAUAAUGCCCAACGUGUAAUGGAACGCAACUUGGGAGUGAUGCUUCAGGCCAAGAAAUUUAACCAAAGCUCCCUGUCGGAUGCCCUCACGCGAAUCCUGGAUGAGGAACGUUUCACAAGUGCCCUCUACCAGGCCCAGUUGAAGUUCCGGACCCGUCCACAAUCCGCCCUGGAACUGGCUGUAUGGCAUGUGGAACAACUUAUCGCCGAACCACGACUAUUUAAACAUUUCGCACAAACUGAGGCGUUAGCCCAAAAUUUCUGCGUGGCCAAUUCCCUAGAUGUCCUGACCGUGCCUCUCAUUGUUCUCCUGGCUGCGGUGGUAUCUUUGGCCAACUUGGUCUACGUCUUAUACACUGGAGGAUCCAAAGGUCAACGUUCUUUCGAAAAAACAGUACCCAAAAAACCUAAGAAGUCAAAAAAGAGCUCCAAGACUGAUAAGGUACCCAUGAAUGUAACACUCAAACUAGAAACCACCGAAUUAAUGGAAGAUCUAAAUGAUGAGAUUCUCGAGGGGGAGGAGCAACUGCUCAAAGGGGAAGAAAAGCCCCUCGAGGAAAAGAAAGAAGACUAAAUGUUUGCUCAUGUACCAAAAAAGACUGCGAAUAAAUAAUUGUAACGA